ACUAGCAUGAGUUAGCGGUAUAUGGGUGUUGCUGACCGUAAAAUAGAUUUAUGGAUCUUGGUUUUGUGUUUCAGGUUUGUGCUGUACAAGUUAGGUUAUAAACUUGUAGCCAACCAUGUGGAAAGAGAAAGAAAGCGAGUUGCAGAAUAAAUGCGAUAACGAUAGCGCCAUCGGGGAUUCGGAGAGCUAUUCCGCGGGCGAGGAGAGCUCGCAUUCCCGCAGGAAGUCAUCCUCAGACGAGAUGGAGACCGACACUAUGGACAUGUAUGGCCAUUUGAACGCAAAACUUGGAACUAAAGUACCGGGGUGUCUUUGCAAAGAAGCAGGAGAUAGUAUUGAAAGUUGUUCGAAAAUAUUCAAAGAAAGCUUGGCAAAACAAGCGGCCAAAACACCCAGAGUGAUACGUGUAGUACCAGCAUCUGUCGCGCUUGCAAAUACGAACGGGAAUAACAAGAAAUCUGAGGAUUUCUCACCAAGGAAAGAUAAAUCAGACAUGGCUCUUAAACUGCAGUAUCUACUACAUGAAAUGAAAAAGCUGCGCGAGUUGGACCGAGAAAUCCUUCACCAGUUCUUACGAGUUAACGAUACCGUGGACGAAGUUAAAUGGUUGAUGGACGAACGUGAGGCCGACCUUAAGCGUAUCAUGGAGGAUGACGUCACAUCCAAUGACGUCACAACACACGACGCCACAAAUAAUAACGUCACGGAGUGGAAAGAGAGAACGGAUACAGACAUGAAGUAUGCGGUGCCUGUAACGGCAGCGUUGACCUCGUAUGCUACGCUAACGUCAGUGAAGAAUAGUAAACGGUCAAAUGGUGUGGACGCUAUGGUACAGGGUUCGAGCCCGGCUGAUACCAGUCAAAAGUCUGCUUCGAAUCCAGCUGAAAACGGUUACAGAUCUUACUCCAACCCUACGUAUGCUAAAGUCGAUAUCGGUACAAAACAUGGAAGACCUCAAGAGCCUCCGCCCUAUGUUGAAAGACAGGACUCAUAUUAUAACAGGUUCAAAGCAUCUCGUCCUACAUCCGCCUCGAGUACAAGGUCGGGAAACCCCCAUUCUGACCCCGUUUGGGUGAAGCAGGGGGAACCCCCGAGUCAGAGACCGAAAUCCGCGUCUGCUGCUUCAGUUUCCAGAAAAUUCAGCAACCGGUCAAAGCCUGGCAGCGUGCAUCGAGCCAUACGGGACGAAUGGAUUGCAGAAACCGCGGAAAAGUCGAUCCCGGAGUUCCAUAAGCAAAAAGACUACCAGAACCUUAUCGGGUUAUCCCGUGUGCGUGCAGAGGCCACAAGUAUAAGGGGCCAACCCAGGCCUGUAGCUCGACCGCGGGCAUCGGGUCGAGACGUUGGUUCCGCUGGUUCCAGGACGUCAUCGUCGUCUCUUACGUCAUCCUCGUCUUCGUCCUCGUCGAUGCAUUCGCCAACGAGAGGCGUGACGCAUAACGCGCAACGUUUGGCGCAUGACGGACAACACAUUACGCAUAACGGACAACGCGUGACGCAUGAAGCCCAUCGCAUCACGCAUAAUGGGGGAAAUAGUUUCAGCAGAUUCGGUGUAACAAGACAGCGCCCUGAAGAUUUCCGACAACGGACAGACAUGAAAAACAACAACUACAAACCGAAACCAAUAUCUCGCAAACGACAGCCUGUAUUUCCAACCAAAGACAACGUUGUCGUCAUGUCUUAUAAACGCACAACGACUGACUCUGUGUAUAGCUGGAUACAGAGCCAAGAUGACGUAACAUAUUUGUAAACCUGCCUUAGCCAAACACACAGCACAAUUGUUUUUUAUUGUUAUGUUCAGUAGUUAAUCAUGCUUUAUUUCUGCCUGUAAUUUUGCCAUAUUAUUUUAACUUUGCUUUUAGCGUUUUUUUUUAUAUUGCGUAUAUAGAGGCCUCUUGUACGCACAGAAAACAUUAGUUUGUUAUUUGAAAGAAUAAAUCUAAUAAACAAUUUCAACUGA